CUACCCACCUAUUAUAUCCAUAUACAAACAAUUUAUGGGUUAUACGGAGUAUGUUUGUGUAUAAAGGUGCAGAAUUCUAAUCUGGUCUUUCUUGAUAUCUUUAAGGUGAAGUCCGAAAUACCCAAACUAGCAAGUUGACAGUAAGGGCCUGAGCUAGGUGAUUUCUUUGCGGGGAGAAUUCCAGGCUUUGAAGCACUUCAACAACUUCCAGUUCGUGCAAUUUGCAUGCCCAGACCCGUGUUCCUCCUUAGUAGAUUAAAGCUUUGAUUUUUAACCAUCUCUAACCAUUUUACUCACCCGUAAUGCGGAAAACGCGGCGAUUGUUUCCGGAGCCGGCGUCGGAUCCGAUCGGUGAAUCUCCGGUAGCGAUUUGAUGGGACCUGUGUGGUUUGGAGUAGCGGCUGCGGUCUUGAAAGCUGCGCUCAAUGGAGUUGAAGAUUUGGUGCUGUAGUUUAUGUAGUACUGUUAGUGUUUAUUCAAAGCCGGACAUUACGGCCAAACUUCGAUUUCCAAUCUCUUUUCUCCAGGUUGUGUUGCUGUUACUCUGCUUAGAGUAUGUACAUGCAUCAACCCACAGGCAUCGGUUAUUGAGAGAAGGGACGGAAAAGGAAAAAGAAGAUAUAUUAUCUCAUUCUUGUAUUCAUGAUCAGAUCAUUGAACAGAGAAAGCGACCCGGCCUCCGUGUGUAUUCAGUUACCCCUCAGGUCUAUGAUGAGUCUGCUGGUUCAGAGAGCCUUCAUCGUAGGGGGAGGGCACUGUUGGAAAUAUCAAGGAAACCGAAGGAUGCUAUGCAACCCAUUAGAAUUAUUUUAAAUUAUGAUGCUGUUGGGCACUCAUCUGACAGAGACUGUCAAAAUGUUGGAGAUGUUGUCAAGCUAGGUGAGCCACCGGGGACUUCAUACUCUGUUACCCCUUGUAAUCCUCACGGAGAUCCUCCAAUUUAUGGGGAUUGCUGGUAUAACUGUACUUUAGAUGAUAUAGCUGGGGAGGACAAAAAGCAUCGUCUUCGCAAGGCUCUUGGUCAAACAGCUGAGUGGUUUAAACAAGCAUUAGCUGUUGAGUCCGUGAGAGGAAACUUGCGGUUGAGCGGAUAUUCUGCAUGUGGGCAGGAUGGUGGUGUUCAACUUCCUAGAGAAUAUGUGGAAGAAGGAGUUGCUGAUGCAGACCUUGUUCUUUUAGUAACUACAAGGCCUACAACAGGCAAUACACUUGCUUGGGCAGUUACAUGUGAACGUGAUCAAUGGGGCCGUGCUGUAGCUGGGCAUGUUAAUGUUGCUCCACGCCACUUGACUGCUGAAUCAGAAACCUUACUCUCAGCUAGUCUAGUACAUGAGGUGAUGCAUGUUUUAGGAUUUGACCCACAUGCUUUUGCACACUUUCGUGAUGAGAGGAAGAGAAGGCGUAUCCAGGUGACGGAGCAAGCCAUGGAUGACAAGCUUGGAAGACUUGUGACUAGAGUGGUGCUUCCUCGAGUGAUAAUGCAUGCUCGCUAUCACUAUCAAGCAUUCUCAGCAAAUUUUACGGGAUUAGAGCUUGAAGAUGGAGGUGGACGUGGAACAUCAGGAUCUCAUUGGGAGAAAAGACUAUUGAUGAAUGAGAUAAUGACUGGGUCAGUUGAUACAAGAUCAGUGGUUUCAAAAAUGACACUUGCUCUACUUGAGGACAGUGGGUGGUAUAGAGCUAAUUAUAGCAUGGCUGAUCGCCUUGAGUGGGGCCGCAACCAAGGAACAGAGUUCGUCACUUCGCCUUGCAAUCAAUGGAAGGGGCCCUACCAUUGCAACUCUACACAGCUAUCCGGAUGUACUUACAACCGAGAGGCUGAAGGCUACUGUCCUAUUGUUAAUUACAGCAGUGAUCUUCCUGAAUGGGCUCGAUAUUUUCCACAGCCUAACAGAGGCGGUCAGUCAUCAUUAGCUGAUUAUUGCACCUAUUAUGUAGCAUACUCUGAUGGAUCAUGUACGGACACUAACAGUGCACGGGCUCCUGACCAGAUGUUAGGGGAAGUGAGGGGAAGUAAUUCUAGGUGCAUGGCUUCAUCAUUAGUGCGAACGGGUUUUGUACGUGGUUCUAUGACCCAGGGAAAUGGCUGUUAUAAGCACAGAUGUUUGAACAACUCCCUACAGGUUUCUGUUGAUGGCAUUUGGAAAGCAUGCCCUCUCGCUGGUGGACCUGUUAUAUUUCCCGGGUUUAAUGGUGAGCUGAUCUGUCCUGCUUAUCAUGAGCUUUGCCAAGUACAUACAUUUCUCAUUUCUGAUCGAUGUCCUGCUUCAUGCAAUUCCAACGGGGAUUGCAUUGACGGAAAAUGUCAUUGUUUUCUAGGAUUUGAGGGACGUGAUUGUAGUAAACGUUCAUGCCCCAACAAUUGUAGUAAGCAUGGAAAGUGUCUUAGGAAUGGUGUUUGUGAGUGUGAAAAUAGGUACACCGGGAUUGAUUGUUCCACAGCAAUAUGUGAUGAACAGUGCAGUCUGCAUGGUGGUGUAUGCGACAAUGGAGUGUGUGAGUUCCGGUGCUCUGACUAUGCAGGUUACACCUGCCAGAACAGCACGAUGCUCCUCCCGAGCCUCUCAGUUUGCAAAGAUGUUCUGAGGAAAGAUGCUCUUUGGCAACACUGUGCUCCUAGUGAGUUGAGCAUUUUGCAGCAGCUUGAAGAAGUUGUUGUGAUGCCCAACUACCACCGACUCUUUCCAGCCGGCCCCCGUAAAAUACUUAACCUCAUUCGAGGCCGUGACUGUGAUGGUGCUUCAAAGCGUUUAGCUUGCUGGAUCUCAAUCCAGAAGUGUGACAAGGACGGGGAUAACAGGUUACGUGUUUGCCAUUCAGCAUGCCAGUCGUACAACUCAGCAUGCGGAGCGUCUCUCGACUGUUCAGACCAGACGUUGUUUAGCAGUGAUGGUGAGGGUGAGGGCGUAUGCACGGGGUGGGAUGAGUUUAUGUAAAUUAUAGGCAGCCAAGUGUAUGUCUUUUUUUUGUAAUCAUAUUUAUAAUUGUAAUGUUGUACUAGUGAAUAGCUUUAACCAGGUUUAGGCGUGAUGAGGCACGAAGUGCCCCAUUGUAGAGUAUACUAGCUUUGUUGUCAAUUGUCAUAAUUAAUUCCCUCUUUCUCCUCUGGGCACAAGCCCGGGGAGAUUUGACAUUUCAUAAAUGGUCUUUUUAUAUUGAAUGAAUGAAUGAAUAUCGUAUGGGAGAAAAUUAUACAGGAGAAAUGUCUCCAAAACGGGCAAACCCUAUAAAGACAAACAAAAACAGCAAAUUUACUCGCUUGGUU